AUGGACUCACUCAACAUCGUAAACCUUAAAUUAGAGAAGGCCACCGCCAUCUUCAGCAACCGCCGGCUGCAAACCGUCGCGAUUCUGUUCCGGUUCAUCGAGCUGUUCUUCCUUCUGAUCGUGAUCUCUCGCUUCUCCGUUCAACUACCUUCCUCCUUCAACCUCUCCGCCGAGUACUUUCGGCCUCUAGCGGCCGUCGUCUGCGGUCCAAAAUUCGUGUUCCUGAUCGGGAACGCCAUUGUCCUCGUCCUCCUCCUGAGAUCUGGAUGGCUGAGAAGUCCAGAAAGCGCUGAAAAUAAACCUAGUCUGAAUUUCGGUGAAGAGUGUGUUGACAACAGUUUGAUUAACUAUCAAAGGAAAGAGAGCAAUGAUACAGUUACGGUGAGGAUUCGUAACGACGGGGAAAGGAAGAUCAGCAGGAGCAGAUCUGAAAACUUGAGCAGGGAGGGCGAUGAGAAACUUCGCCGGCAACUGAGGCGGUCGGCCACGGAAAGAUGCCUGAAAAUUUCACCGGCGGUGAAUUCGUUUCGGGAGGAUGAGAUGAGCAGCGAGGAGUUCCGGCAAACUGUGGAGGAUUUCAUCGCUAGGCAGCAGAGGUUUCUGAGGGAACAGGAGCUGUCAGCCACGGAUGGCCACUAG